GACUGGAGAGACUUUCGCUCUGCUGCGCUGCAUAGCGGCCCAAAGGGGUGAAGGGUCAGUUCGCGAGUUUUUGAUCAUGGCGCUCGCCGCUCACCUCUGGCACUUUCUCCCUUGGGCACGUGCCGUCUUUCCCGGACCUUGGCUCUCGAGGGGUGUUGCUGGCUGCCGCGGACUGUGCUGUACUUGGCGACUCCGCGGCUCUGAGGUGAUGGGAAAUCUAGGAUCUUUCAAAAGAAGCUUUUUAUUCUCAGCUUUACCUUAUUUGGGUUUUGAAACAUUUCAAGUAUUUUCCCAGGCUGCUUUGGUUCAUGCCACAGCCAAAGUUUUCAGAGUUGAAGAAAUUCUCGAACAAGCAGACUACCUAUAUGAGAGUGGAGAAACAGAGAAACUUUAUCAAUUGCUGACUCAAUACAAGGAAAGUGAAGAUGCAGAGUUACUGUGGCGAUUGGCACGGGCAUCACGUGAUAUAGCUCAGCUUAGUGGGACCUCAGAAGAGGAGAAAAAACUCUUGGUCUGUGAAGCCCUAGAGUAUGCAAAAAGAGCACUGGAAAAAAAUGAAUCCAGUUUUGCAGCUCAUAAGUGGUAUGCAAUCUGUAUUAGUGAUGUUGGAGAUUAUGAAGGCAUCAAGGCUAAAAUUGCAAAUGCCUACAUUAUCAAGGAGCAUUUUGAGAAAGCAAUUGAACUGAACCCAAAAGAUGCUACCUCAAUUCACCUUAUGGGUAUUUGGUGUUACACAUUUGCUGAAAUGCCUUGGUAUCAAAGAAGAAUUGCUAAAAUGCUGUUUGCAACUCCUCCUAGUUCCACCUAUGAGGAGGCAUUAGGCUACUUUCACAGGGCAGAGCAAGUGGAUCCAAACUUCUACAGCAAAAACUUGCUUCUUUUAGGAAAGACAUAUUUGAAGUUACACAAUAAAAAGCUUGCUGCCUUCUGGCUAAUGAAAGCCAAGGACUAUCCAGCACACACAGAGGAGGAUAAACAGAUACAGACAGAAGCUGCUCAGUUGCUUACAGGUUUCAGUGACAAGAAUUGAGAAUUUUUCAGAGAAGAAAGCACAUGAAAUAUCUAAGAAACAUUGCCUUUUCAUCAAAUUACAAAGAUAAUACAUAAACAGUAACUGUUCUAUGGCUCUUUUCUCAGUUCCUUUAACCAUUUAACAAAUUAAAUAUACAAAAUUCUAAGUUUCUUCACAGAUAACAAAAGAAAUAAUUACAAAAAGAUUGGUAGAAACUUCUCCCUGGCUCAGAGGCAAAGAUAUUGCACAUUUAGGACACCAGCAAUACAAAGUGGUAUAAGAUUUCUAAGGAGGAUGGAUCACAUCAGAAUGGGAGAUCAAGAAAAAGCUUUGUGGAAGAGGUUUCAUUGGGGGUGUGCAUUGUCAAAUUGGACUGAUGCAAAGUUGAGAUCUUGCAGAGAAGGUGCAGUGAAAAUUAGGUUGUUAGGAUGUUGAGGGUUCUUGGUAUAAAGUUGUUAAGUGAUGGAUCUUGGAACCAACCUGCAUAAGGAAAAACCUUGUCAGGAGAGGACGGAAAAUGGAGUGAUUUUUUUUUUUUUUUAAAUGUGACAUAGUCUCACAAGUGGAGGAUUGAUUUUGUCACUAGACAAAGCCCAUAUUCUCUUCCCUAAUAAUGGUGAAAGGAACACAGAAUUAAAGGGUGAAAUAGAAAUGAAGAUGUUUUAAAUAGGCAGGACGGUAUUACUUGAGGCUGGGAUGCCACCACUGCAGAACUUUUAUAAAAAGGAUUAUCUUGAAUGUCACUUAGAUAAAUCAAGAGUGCAUGCAUAGGUGGCUUUUCCCCAAAGGAUUUGGGAAUUGUAAUGUGAACAGUGAACUGUGCGGGUGUGGGCUGUUUCUGUUAUCAUGUAUAUUUUCAAACAAAAAGGAAAACUGAAAGUCCUGGACUCAUCUCCAAUUGCUAAUCUGCUAAUAUUUUACUGUUAUGUGUGUAUAUUUUCAUAUAUAUAUAUUUCUAAACUUCUGAAAUUGUAGACAACAUACUUCAUCCCUAAAUAUUUCAGCAUGCAUGGUCUCAGAAUAAGGACAUCCUUCUAAACAAAAACCCGUUAGUACAACAAAAAAUUAACAGUAAUUUUUUAAAAUCAUCUCUAAUACCAGCCAUAUUCAUAUUUUCUCAGAUGUCCCAGGAAUGUCUUACACUUUUAAAAACCAGGAUCCAAUCAGUCAUAUAUUGUAUUUGAUUUUCUGCCUUAGUUUUUAAAAAUCUAGAAGAGUUCUUCCAUCUUUUUUUUUAAAUCCCACCAUUCA